AUGAUAAAUACAUAUGUUCAUGUAUCUACAUUAGCUAAUGCUGUUGAUUCUCGUCUCCGACUUUAUCUAGGUGAUAUACUCGAUUUUGAUAUUGAAUCUGUUAUACCUGAUAGUAUUACAAGUCAACGUGGUUCAUGGGAAUCUAAUGAAUCUUCUUCAUUAUCACCAAUUCAUUUAGUUGGAAAUCUUCCAUUUAAUAUUGCUAUUCCACUUCUUAUACGUUGGUUACAACAAGUAUCAACUCAAUCCGGUCCAUUUUCAUAUGGUUAUCGAAUACCAAUAACAAUUUGUAUGCAAGAAGCUGUUGCUGGCCGAAUUGUAUCCGAUGCAUUAAUGGAUCAACGUGGUCGUUUAUCAAUUAUUUUUCAAAAUUGGUUUGAUUGUCGUAUUAAACAUAUAUUUUCUGGUCGAGCAUUUGUUCCAGCUGCAAAUGUAAAUGUUGCUGUUAUGCAAUUGAUUCCAUUAAAACGACCAUUAGUCGAUGUUAGUUAUGAUCUCUUAGACAAAGUGACUCGAACUGCAUUUCAUACACGAAAUAAAAAAAUGGGAAUGACUAUGACAUCUCUCUUUCAUCAAGAGACUUGUGAUGAAGAUACACGUGAAUUAUUACAUCGUGCUCAUUUAAAAUCAGAUACAAAGUGUUUAACAUUAACUGUUGAAGAAUUUGGUCAACUUGCACAAAUUUAUGGUGAUAUUAUUAGUCGACCUCGACCAAUACAUGAACAAAUUGAUAAAAAAAUCAAUGAAAAAGAACUGACAUUUGAAUUAGGUGAAACUUAUGUUCGAUCUAAAAAACUUGAAACAAAGAAAAAAUCAAAAAAAGAUUGGGAUGAUUAA